UAAGCAAAAUGACAGCUCUCGUUGUGCAAAGCAUUUGUUUAUGCUUCUUGAUUACUUUUGUGUCUACCCAAACUUGCUACGACAACAAGUGGUUCACAAUAAGGUCCCCAUCGACAGGUCUAGCUGUGGAUGCCCGAGAUCCCACUGGUGUUGUUAUGCUGAAAAAUUUCGAUGGAAGUAUUUACCAACAAUGGAAAUUUCAAAUGGGUUACGAAUCAGGGUCCUAUUACGUCAUGAACAGGGUUACUGGAAACGUACUAGACAUGAAUGCUAACGACAACUAUGUUACUACAACUCCACUGGAAUGUCCCGGAUACAACCAAAUCUGGUGUGUCUUUGGAGAUGGUCGUGUUGCCUAUUGGCAAGGAGGUGAUUUAAUGGUUGAGAAUGACGCCCUUGUCGAUGGUGCUCGUUUGGGGAUUUCAGGCAAGAUAAACGCAACAAUGGUACAAGAGUUCAUCGUAGAAGAAUAUAUGUAGAACUCGAGUUUUAAGUAAAAAUUUGACUAUGUUUAAGUUUA